AUGGACGCGCACGACCCCGCCGCCGCCGCCGCCGACUCCGCCAUCGCCGCCGGCAGUCUGCUCGACUGGGACGAGGGCGCAGUUGCCGCCUUCUUCAGCACCACGCUACAUCUCCCGCAGUAUGCGCCGCACGUCCGCGAGCAGCGCAUCUCUGGCGAGGUCCUCGCGCUCCUCGACCCGGACAGCCUGCGCGAGCUCGGCGUUGCGACGAUCGGACAGCGCUUGCAGAUACUCAAGGCCGUAUAUAACCUCAAGGUUGCGCAAGGGAUCCCCAUCGAGCCCGACCACUACGUUCCGCCAUCCGAGGUGCAAGAACAGCAAGAUCGACAGCAGAAUUUGACCCCAGUCAAGCUGCACGACAUGCUCAAAGAACAAGACGACCGCCUCAAAGCACUCGAAGAAGAAAACAAGCGCCUCAUCGAGACGCUCCACUCGUGCUUGGAAGAUAUCGCCGCGCUCCGGACCCGCGCGGGAGGCGAAGACUCCCCCAUCCCCAAGGAAGGCGCUUCAACAUCCUUCCGCUGGGCUAACUUCAUCAAGCCUUCCAAGUCGCCUACCAAAGCCGCCCACGUCAUUGACUCUCCUCAAGGAUCGCCCCUUCGCGCAGAGCACGACAUCUCCGCCUCCAUGUCUGCGUCGGCACCCGCGCCAGUCUCACGCUCGACGGCUGGGCUCUCCGGCGCCACGCUCCUCAAUGAACCCUCCUCGCUCUCCACCUCCCUAUCCGGCCCCUCCUCCCUUCAGACCCACCCUCCGAAACCUCAGCCAACGCGCCAAGAAUCAUCCGACAACCUCAAGAGCUUCAAGGUCUCGCUCGAAGACCCGGCAUGGAAAGUCCUCCCUGCCGCGCUCAAGAAGUACAAAAUCAACAACGAUGAUUGGCAAAACUACGCCAUGUUCAUCUGCUACGGGGCUGACGGCAAUCGCAUCGAACGUUGUCUUUCCUACGACGAAAAGCCGUUGCUGCUCUUCCAGAAGCUCAAGGAUGCGAAGAAGAACCCGGUCUUCAUGCUCAAGCAUAUCAAGGACAUCCGCUCGCCCAUCGCCGUCGCCGAGCAAAAGCAACGCGCGCGAAAGGCCUCCUCGAUUGCGCACACUCCACACUCUGCCCCGAAGACCGCGCAGCUGUCCGCGUCAACACCAACGACCGGCGGGGCAGGACGCACCGGCGUACGUCCGCCGCGAAUCGACGUGCACGGAAGCGCCGCAAACGUCGCGCCUGGACCCGUCACGGGCACGGCGCCGCAGGGACCAGGCGCCGGUGGUUGGCUAGAGGCGAUGUCACCCGCGGUCGAGAACGCGCCGAAACGACUCGGCGACGGCAGCGACUCCGCACCUGCGGCGACGCCUCCCACGGGCACCACAGGCGCGGGCACGCCCGGCCCAGGAUCCGUGCCGCACUCGGGCCCGAGCCCAAACUCUGGGCCGAGCGGGGGCGGCGGCAGCGCGCGCGAGCUCCCGCCGCCGUCUGCGUCGGGAAUCUCGUACGCGGUCGCGAUCUACCCGUAUAUGGCCGAGCAGGACGACGAGUUCGACGUGGUCGUCGGCGACACGUUCGUCGUCCUCUCCCGCGCGCGGGGCUGGUGGGUCGUCCAGCGCGACCCGGCCGGGGCGGGCGUCGUUGAGCCCGACACGGCGCUCCAGGGCUGGGUGCCGGCCGGAUGCUUGCUUGAGACGCGCGUACCGGUUGCGAGCGCGAUUGCCGAGGCGCGUGCGGGGAUGAAUCUUCCUGCAGAGGGCGAGGACGGAGAGGUGGCGGAGGAAGGGGAGGGAGAGGGCAGGAGGGAAGAGCGCAAGACGCCGAUAUUGCCGCUCGCGAUCGUCUCGACGAGUUUCCCGGGCGUGGCGUUGACGGAUUAUACGGCGAAGGGCGAGGAGGAGCUCGAUCUCGUGAAGGACGACUCGCUGAGGGUGUUCAAGCGAUACAACCACUGGAGCUACGCCGUCAAGGAGGAGAACGGAGAGCGUGGAUGGGUGCCGUCGUGGUACAUCGGCAAGGUGUCGAGCAAUGUGCCGCAGACGCCGGUCCCGGGAUCGCUUGCGAACGUAUCGGCGACGAGCGUGACGCUCGACGGCGACUCGUCGACGAUGGCCCCCCAGCCGAGCCCGAUGUCAUCUGCGUUCCCGGCAACCCAGAAGUCGACGACAGUCGUAUAG